UCCACUCCUCUCCGCUCCAUACUGCCCAAUGUAAACACCGUUAGCGCUCCUGCUUUGUCUUUGAGCCUGUGGCUGGAGCUUUUGACUCGCCAUGCCAUGGAUACUUUAUGGCAAUACCAGUUCAGGAUAAUUUUACUCGGGGACUCGACGGUGGGCAAAUCAUCUUUGCUCAAGAGGUUCACGGAUGGCAUAUACAGCGAUGUAGCGGAUCCGACGGUCGGUGUUGAUUUCUACGCCCGUUCAAUAGAUAUCGAACCUGGUGUUAAAAUCAAACUACAGUUAUGGGAUACAGCCGGACAGGAGAGAUUCAGGUCUAUCACCACUUCCUACUACCGCAACUCUGUGGGUGGUCUCUUAGUUUUUGACCUGACGAACAGGAAGACCUUUGAUCAUGUGCGGGAAUGGCACCGAGAAGUCAGCGAGCACAUCCUGCCUCAUCACAUGGUCUACAUCCUGAUCGGCCACAAGAGCGACCUAAACCGCGACCGCAAGGUGACGCGAGAUGAGGCCGAGCAGCUAGCGGCCGAUCUCGGAAUCCGCUAUGUGGAAACAUCAGCCAAAUGCAACAGCAACGUGGAACGUGCUUUCGAGCUGCUCACGCGGGACAUUUAUGAGCUGAUGAAGAUGGGUGAGAUCUCCACUCGUGACGGCUGGGAUGGGGUCAAGAGUGGCCUCACUGCCAAAGUUCUUUAUCCAGCUGAGGAGGAAGCGGAGCGAGAAAAGAGCUGCAACUGCUGACUUCCACAAUCCACCUGUAAUUGCACCUGUGUUUCAGUUGGUCGUCGCUCACCUUGGCUUUCACCAGUGUGUCGCAUCAUGGUCACUGCCUCAGGGCCUGGAGCGCUGAACGUAUCUUCUUGUUGAUGUUUGAGGUUGACGGUAUAAGCCACUCAAAGGUGUAGUAUAUGUGGGCUUGAAUGGACAGGUACUCUUCAUAUUGUUGGAGAUCACCCUAUGUUUUCAAGUCUUGUGGAUGACAUAGAUAAACAUUGUUUAAGCUCUAUCCUAUUGUACUUCACAUCCUCUUGAGUUUUACCUUUUAACAUUAUUACUGUGGUACAGUUAACAUUUAGAAAAAAAAUCUUACCUAUCUUGUCCAUUCACUUAGAAAUUUAAAGAUCCCAUAAAAUAGCAUAACAAAAUGAUGUUUUCCCCUUUUUUUGAUGAAAUUUCUUAUUGGAACAGGAAAUUUAAGCUGGACAUAGUUUAAUGUCCCUUUAUAUAUAGAAUUGAGACAUUUUGUUAGUGUAGUGAACCUUGGUUUGCCACUAUAAAUUAAGUGAAAAUGAGGAAUUCAUUUGUUGGUCUUUUUCUCCAAUAGCAAAGUACUGUAAAAUGUUUUUAAAUGUUUUUUAAGAGUGCAUAUAGCAUCUAGAUGUCCUUAAAGCUAGGAGACAUAGACUUAAGCCAUAAAAAUCUUGAUUCUAUGUCUCUUUUGAGAGAUCGAGAAGGCUGUAGGUUGUAGGCUGUUAUGGAUGCAAAUUCUGCAUAAAACCCUUUCUAAUUGAUUGAUUGGUCUUUGUAUCUAAUUUUGCACAAUAUUUAAUAAUCCCUUACUGCUUUAUGCAGUUUUUUUGUUACAGCCCAAGUUCUAAAGACAUUGUUUGUAUAGAGUUAAAUACUAUAAUAAUUCAAAAAAGAAUAAUGAAUGCAGCCUAUUGUAAAAUGUCACCUUGCCCGUGGAUAUGUGAGUUACAACUACUAGUUAUCUGUUCACUAAAAGAAUACACAGCAUACAUCACAUUUCAUAUCCUCUGUUCUAAAAACCUAGUGAUCUGCUCACCUAGACAAGAUUUUAGUGCUUCACAGAUGGACGCAAUGCUGUUUUAAAAUGCUAGUCAGCAACAUUGCGCUGCUUUCUAAGACUUUUUGGCAGCAUCCUGUGUAUCAUCCUAGAUUUCAUGAAGUCAAAAGAAAUGUUACCAAUAUAAGUAUAUCUAAUCCGAUACUUUAAAACAUCAAUCUAAUUAAACAGACUGUUUUACUCAACAGAUGUGUGUGCUAUGUGUUUUUGUGCUUGUUAGUGCAUCACAUCAUUAGCCUAGCAACAUCCCAGUGAGCGUCUAACAAACUGCUUCCGAUGUGUAGUAUGAGGGUUCUAUUGUGUAGGAUGUUGCCUUAAAUCCAAAUUAUAAACUUGCAGCAUUUGCAUACACAUUAAAGAAUAGCCUGUCAAAAAAUAUGCUCCAUUUGAUAUUAUGCAGAAGACUAAAAAUAUAGACAAUGUAUCUUCAAUCCUUCCAAUGUACAGUAGAAAAGUGAAGCCAAUAUUGGCUGGAGCCAUCUUGCCAUACUUGCCACAGCCAUAUCAACCUGCAGCCCAAGACCAGUUUCUCACUGAAGCUAAGCAGGGCUGAGCCUGGUCAGUAUAUGGAUGGGAGACCACAUGGGAAAACUAGGUUGCUGUUGUAAGUGGUGUUAGUGAGGCCAGCAAGGUGCGUUAAACCUGUGGUAUGUGUGAGUAAAGGGGUCACUAUACUGUCAGUGAGCGCCAUCUUUUGGAUAAGACUUUAAACCGAGGUUCUGACUCUCUGUUGUCGUUAAAAAUCACAUGCCACUUCUUGUUAAGAGUAUAGGUGUAACCCCAGUGUCCUGGCCAAAUUUCUUUCCAUCUGCCUUACCCAUCAUGGCCUCCCAGUCAUCCCCAUCCAUCAAAUUGGCUCUAUCGCUAUCUCUCCACUUCCCCUAUAGCUGGUAUGUGAUGAGCACAUUGGCGCCAUUGUCCUGUGGCUGCUGUCGCAUCAUCCAGGUAGAUGCUGCACACUUGUGGUGGUGUGGAGAGACCCCCUCAUGAUUGUGAAGCGCUUUGUAUGUAUGGCCAUACACAAUAAACGCACUAUAGAAAAAAUGUACAUUACAUCUUGCGCUGAUGUCAUUUGGAGCCCAAAUCUGCUCAGUAGUGACUGUGAAGUGGUGGUAUCACGGUCCAGUCCUUACUUAAAUAAUGUCACAUAAUUAAUAAUAAUAAAAAAAUAAAAGCCGUGUUUCAUUAUCUAGCCAGCAAAUAACAAUUAUUUGCCAAUUUUUAUUUAAUAUUUCAUAUCCUUUUUACUUUCAGAAAGGUGCUCACAACCCCUCUCUUUGUGGUUGUUAUAUGCACACUAGAUGUGCAGACCGAAAGACCGAAGAAAAAAUAUAUUUAUGGUACCAUUUAGGUCCAUUUUGAGCAUUGCAGCUAAUAAGUAAACAACAACAAACAAAAAAAACACACACUGUAUGAGUAUGCUUAUAAAACAAAGUAUGCUUCGACCUUGACCUAGGCACUGAGGUAGCUCACUAGGGUUUGGAACAGAGCUGUUAAGAACUAAAUGUAGCUCAAUACACAGAAUACACCAUAUAUUGAAUUAUCAAUCCUUAUCAAAACUCUAGAUUUAUGAUCUCCACUAAGCUGAACUAAAAAAACAAACUAAUCACAACACCACUAUCUAUAUGGGAAUUUCCAGCCUAAAAUUAUAUUAUGUUUUGUCAGUUUAGUGGCUAGUUCAUAGAAAUGGUCAGUCAUACGAUUUUUAAAAGGAGGCCUGGCACCAAAAUGCAUACUUCUGCAUGUACCCUAUGUGAUCAUACAAAUUCACAUGAAUUUGCUACUAAAUGAAAAAGUUAUAAAUUGCUGUGAGAUCGCGUCGAAAUUAUGAUUGACACCAGCCGCAAUAUAACAGGAAAUACUACUAUAGGAGGGACCUAAGCAGUCCAAGCAUAUCUAUAAAUCAGAAUAUCACAGAGACCAUUACAAGGGUUUUUUUGAUAUUUGCUAACCACAUAGUCAUGCUUUCAAAUAACCAAAUAUAGCAGCAAUGCCCCUGCAGCCGCCCACAAGCGCUUUUCAAAAUGUACUUUCUUUUAUUAUCUGAACUCACCAACAUUAAGAUUUUGAGACCGUCAGCAUCGAUCAUGUUUCAGGCACUGAGUACAUAAGAAGGCGAAAGUGUUUCUGAGUAGCCCAGACAAUGCACUUUCGAUCAGGACAGAGACUGAACAGAUAUAACAGGUCAUCACUUUAAGACACUCCAUUUCACCAGCAUGUCAGCAAGACUUGAGUUAUGCCUGCUGUAAAGAGAUUUAGCAUGCAGCAUAGCUAAGCGUCUUAAGCUCCAUCAUGUGCUGUUGGCUUUAAUGGGUGCGCGUGUCUGUGUGUAUAACAAAAUGUAUUGUAAACAGCAGGAGGGCACCAUGUACUUAAAUGUCAGGUGAGGCUUUGGUGGAAGCUAACGGUUUAUGUGGUUUAGCCUCAUAUAGUACACACUUAGUGAGUAAUUCAAAGUCAGUAUGAGAAUACAAUAUGUGACCAUGGACCACAAAGCUAUAAGAGUUUUUUAGUCAUAGUAAGUGUCAGGUUUUUUUGUUGUUAAGAUUUUUAUAACAUCUGAAGCUGAAAACAAGCUAAAUAUAUAAGUUUAACAUUGACGUAUACAUGUUAAUAUAGGACAAUAUUUGGGUGAGAUACAGCUAUUUGAACAUCUGCAGUCUCAAGGCAAUCUUAAAAAGAAAUUACUGGGAGAACUGCCUUUUACUGGGAUUACUGGGAGAAUUGCCGUACAAAUGAAGUUCUUAGGAAUGCAAAAAUUUGGUUUUGGUAUAUUUACAGUAGGAAAUUUACUAAAUAUCUCUAAUGAAAUAUGAUCUUAAUGUUGUAAUGAUUUUUGCUUUGAAAGGAAAGUUGCUCGUUUUGACCCGUACAAUGUAUUUUUAAUUUAUCCGUGCAAAAUAAGACAUUUUUUUGUGGUCCAUGGUCACAUACAUGAAACUAUUCUUUGUGCCAGCAAAACAUUGUAACUGCACAUCUUUUGAUUUUAGAGAUUUUCAAUGUCAAACGCCAAAUUAACUUCUAUAUAGAACAAAGAUAGUAAACUAAAGAGUUCAAAUGCAAAAACUGCUAAAUGCCAUCUGAAAUGUUCUUCUAAAAUGAGCAUUUUUCUCAACCUCAUAUGUCUAUGUUCAGCUAUUUCACUUUAAAGGCAAUGAAACAACCUAUUCAUCAUCAUAAAAGUGAAAUUACUGAACCUGCACGCAGGAACCUGUGGGAAAAAUGCAAAUUUUUUAACAAAAUUUGAAAUGACAUCUGAACUCGCACAAUGUGCAAAGAAAACUAAGUGGAAAUUCUGUUGAUUUUGAUCCAAGUGCUUUAGGACAAUCAGGUUUCUGUGCUCUUUUGUUGUGCAGAUGAAAAGCCAUCAGAUGAACGUGAAUGAAGUUGCAGGAAAAAAAGGCUGUGUACAGUCAAAUUACUAAAUGACUCAAUCCAUUUAAAUGGAUAGUUCACCCAAAACUGAAAACUAUUUGAUCAUUUACUCACCAUUUGUUUGUUUCAAACCUGUUUGACUUACCUUCUUCCAUUGAACACAAAAGAAGAUAUGAAUAGUUCAGAUGCAAAAAAAUGUAUAUGCAAAAGCUGUCUGAAAUUUUCCUCUAAAAUGUUUAUUUUUAUCAGGCUCCUUUGUGUAUGUUCAGUAAUAUUACUUAUAUGGCAAACAAUAAGUUAUUUUCCUGGUCUUUAAUGUAAAAUAGCUUAACAUAAACUAAGGAGACUGAGAAAAUGUUUCCUUUUUGAUGGAAAUUUCUGAUGGGACUUUUUGCAUAUGAACUCUUCAUAUCUUGAAGAAAGUUGGAAACCAGUAACCACAGUGUUUGUAUCCUACCAUGCACUGUAAAAAAAAACAAUUCCAUAAAAUUAUGUACCGUGUACCUGCCAGUGCAUUUUUCUGUUAAAUUGCAGACAUUUCCUUUAUUUGAAUGUUUUAAUUUUGUAAAUUUACUGUAUAUCCUAAGUACAAUUCACCUACUCUUCCUCUAUUGAUUAUACAGAAAAACUUUAAUGUUCUCAGCAAAAUAAAAUUCUGAAAAGAUUUUACCUAUGGAAUUUUGCUAAACACAUUAAAGUAUUAUUGGCAGACCAAUGUGGUUUUCAAAACAGGGUAUAAAAAUGAAGCACAAUAUACACAAAACAUAUAUAGUUUAUUUUUUACAUUUGCAUUCAGUAACUUUUGUAGUACAAGAGAAAACUAUAAGCAACAUGAUUAAAAUAUUCAAUUCAAUUCAUGUUUAUUUAUAUAGUGCUUGUACAAUGUAGAAUGUGUCAAAGCAGCUUAACAAAUAUGUAAAUUAACAAAUAAUCAAAUAAAUGUAACACUAGUUAGAUAAAGUAAUAUUUUACAAGAAAAUAUAACAAUAAUUACAUUACUGUUUACCUUUAUUAUUUUCUGCAUUAUGCUUCAUUUAUUCAUUCUUUUUGCCUUUUGUAAGAAAAAUAAAUAAACAGGGCUGCAGUGUUCAAAUUGUGUGCACACACAAACAUAUACACACAAAAGUUUGACAACCAAAUAAAUACCCAAACCAUAUUUAACAAUUAGAUUCAGUUUAAAAUCUGAAAUGCAUAAACAGGGCUGCAACUUUUAAAAUCACAUGUGCAGGCACACACACACAAAGUAUUUCAAGGAAUAGUUCACCCAAAAAUUACUAUUACACUACUGGUCAAAAGUUUGGGGAGAGUAUAGUUUUUAAAUGUUUUAAAAUAAGCUUCUCCUGCUUACCAAGGCUGCGUUUAUUUCAUCGAAAAUACAGUACAAAUUUUAAAAUUUUAAAAUAACUGUUCAAAAGUAGAUUAUAAUUUUAUUUAAUAAUUUAUUCUAGUGAUUUUAAUGAUUAAGUUUCAGCUUCAUUACUCCAGUCAUCAGAGUCACAUGACAUGAACCUUCAGAAAUCACUUUAAUAUCAAUUGAUAAAUUGAAAACUGCUUUUAUUCUAGCCAAAAUAAAACAAAUAAGACUUUCUCCAGAAGAAAGUUAUCAGACACAAUGUGAAAAUGUCCUUGCUCUGUUAAACAUAAUUGGGGAAAUAUAAAAAAAAUUCAAAGUGGGGCUAAUAAUUCCGAAUUAACAAUUUUUUUUGUUUUGUUUUUUUUACAUUUAAUAAAUUCCGCCUUGAUGUACACAAUAAUUUUCUCAUGGAAAUAAUUUUCCUCAAUUUCUGUUUAACUGAGACAAGAGUUUUUUCAAUAUGGGGGGAGGGCUAUAAUUCUGACUUCAACUGUAUGUCAUCAUUUACUCAGUCAAUAGAUACUGGUCUUCAGCUUUCUUCAAAAUAUCUUUACUUGUGUUCACCAGAAUAAAAUAUAAUAAAGGUCUGGAUUGAAACCACGUGAGUGUGAGUAAAUAGUGUGUAAAUGUAGAACUAUCUCUCUGUUAAAUCUGCAAUUUCAACUCAUUUACAGGCUUUUCUCCUCAUCCAACACAAACACUUCUAAGACAAGGUUUAUUUGUGCAGAUAUUUUUGUUUGUUUGUUUGUUUUCUAAUACAUGCUGUUUGCUGUAACACAAAUGCUUUGGCUGAGACUUAACAAUGACUCUUUGUUUACAAUAAUACUUAUGGACAAGUGGAAUCUGUAAAUACUUUACAAGGAUAAGAAAUAGGUGAUGAAUGCGUUCUUAAAAAUGUGUUUUAAAUUUGCUAAUGCAAUUCACGCAUGUGAAAAUAACCAAACGCAGUGUGAAAAGACUUGUGGAAUCACAUUGUGAACAAGAUAUUUCAAAUUAUAAUAUGUUGAGUAAAUGAUCAACAUCAGUAAUAUUAAAAGGACUGUGUUUACAUAGAGUAUUGUUUAAAAAUGGAUUGAAAAACAUUGUGACUGCUUCUGCUGCAUUGUGGUCACUGAAUGGUUUUGCACAAUUUGACAGCUAUAGUUUCUAUGGCAACAGCAUUCAUUAAACACACAUGUCAUAUUUACUGCACAAUGUUCCUCAUGUACUAAUUCCCAGAUGAAUACAUUGUGAUUAAAAAAUAAGAAAUGUGUAUUUCCCUAAAGCCGUUCAAAAUGGUGGUGCCAAAUACAUUUUACACUCCCCCUGGUGGUCAGCCCUAUUACUUUGUUUAAUAAUAAGAAGGGGCUCCAGGGAAAAAUAUCAGUGAUCUUAUAUAAGCAAUGUAAAUGAAACAAGAUUAGUAAGGAUUAUAGAUAAUAGAACAUUUCAUUAUAGCAGCAGGACUUUGAUUAGUCAUCCACGCUCGAUGUUCAUUCUGAGCAUAUAAACACAUCUGUACAGGCCUUAAUAGGGGCUCAUCACUGAUGUGGAUCAGCAGAGUAAAAAGUAUUUCACAUUUUAAAUGUUAAUCAACUGUAAUGAAUGCUAAAGUCAAUAAUAAAGAUGUACAUCAAGCUCUGGGCAUUGUAAACUGUCAAUAUCUUUGCAUUGUGAUUUGGUAAAUGUCAUAUAAAUUUCAUUAUGUUUAAAUAAAAUUAGGAUUAAGACGA